AUGUCACUUUCUAAUAAAGUAUGCAAAAGUCUUGAAAAACUAUGGAUUGAGGAAAAACUUUGUAACUUUACAAUACAAAUCGAUGACGUGUCUAUCAAAUGUCAUAGCAUUAUUCUUGGAGCGUGCUCGCCAUUUUUUCUCGGGCUGCUGCAGUCAGAAAUGAAAGAAGCCAACGAGGGACAUGUAGUUCUACAAAAUGUAUCAGUCUCCACCUUUCAGUUAAUCCUGAAAACUUUGUACACCGGUGAAGACAUGUUGAGUCUUGACAACUUCAUAGAAAUCUGGCACGCUGUACACAUGCUUCAAAUUGGCUUUCUUGUAGAGUUAUGUGAAUCAUUCGCUGCUAAAAACAUAAAUAUUGAAAACUUCAGAGAAAUCUUCUUUAGUGCUAAGUUGUUCGACUCUAUAUCAGUGCAGUCGUCAGUCAAACGUUUCAUGCUCCAAAAUUUUACUACUAUUUAUGAAACCAAACUAUACUUAGAGUUAGCAUGCGAUGAAAUGUUUUGUUUACUUAGCAGUAACGAACUUCAUUUUGACAGUGAAUAUCCUGUUCUAGAGAUGGUCUUAAAAUGGGCUGAAUACAAACCUCAUUUUAACAAUUCUGAAGAGACAUGGAACGCCCCGGGAAACAAUAAAAAGAUCAAGUCGUCAACUCCAGUUAAUGUGAAUUCGAUACACUCGGACUCGAAAUCCAACAGUUCGAAAAAUGUUAGUACGGAAAGAUUUGAUGAACUUGAUGUGUUACUGAGUCAAGUAAGAGUCUGUGUUAUUCGCCCGUGUUUACUUAUGAAUGUUUUAGAACAUCGUCUCAUUAAACGUAACGAUAAAGCACGUCAGAUAAUCGUCUCAUCUCUCGUAAAACAGAUGUCUUUUCGUCAUGGACAAUGGCCGACAGAGGGUAUUUACAGACAGUUUCAUGAGUAUGGGAACUAUGUUGUUUACUUUUCAUACGCUUCUCGGAGGUUCGUAAUAGUGGAUCCUUGUGAUGGGAAAAAAUAUACUCUGAAGGAAUGUGUCUGGUUAAACAGAAACACUCAGAUGAUUGUUUUUGACACUGAGUUCUACGCCACUGGUAUACAAUUUUUUUUUCAGAAUAAAAGUAACAUGUUCGUUUACACUAAAAACUCAUGGUCAGUUGUGUCGGCGAUGCCGGCAGUAGACGUUUUACUAGCAAGCAACGAACAAUUCAUAUACGUUACAUGCUUUGUGGAAGGCGAAACACAUGUAUUUAGAUUAAAUCCCAAAUGUAAAACUACUAAUGUCGAAAAAUUUACAACCCUUCCUGUAAAUUCUGGUGUAACGCAUGUUAUGAGCUAUCAAAUUUAUCUCGUCUACUUCUGUACUGAAACUGUCAAUGGCAUCAACGAAACAGCCGUCCAUAUGUUAGACCUUCAGGAGAAAAGCUGGACAAAACUGGACAACCUUAAUGGACCAGCUAAAAACAUCAUCAGUUUUCGUAACGACGACAACCACUUUGUGCUGCAAACAAACGGCAACAUGUGGGUUUUGAGAGUAACGAGUGAAAAUAUCAGAUUCAAUUAUGUAGCAAAACUGUGGAGUUUAGACCACGAUCUGUACGGAGCUGUCGUUUACGGUUAUAAACUGCACAUAUUUUACUACAACCCUGAAAGAAAUACAAGGGACAACUUUGUGUGUGCAUUAGACAUGUUUCAUUCAAUUUUGUACAGUGAAAUGAGUCUGGCCUGCUCCACUUGUAUUCCAGUUGUGCUACCAAAAUCUUGUCUUUCAUAA